CUCAUUUGUUUGUUUCAUCAUUAUUUGAUUACCUUAGCAGUAAGUACUCCGUAGUAGUUCUCCGAUGUUGGUGGUGUUGUCUCUCUUAAGGAUGCAGAAUACCCAAGUCUACUGAAUUCCUCCCACUUCUCUUUUCCCCAAUUCCUCAUUUUCAAUUUCCUGCUUUCUUCACUCAUCACUCCCACCCUUACUUUUUGGCAUAAUUUUGUGAAUUGCUUUAAUUUAAUCCUGAUCCUACAAUUUGCAGAUCUUGAGCUUAGUAAUAUAGAUUAACCCAGGUUGGGGAGAAGUAAUGCCCUCUAAAGCUGAUAUGGAAGAUCGCUUCCAAGCAGAUGGAGGGGAUAAACCUCAAAACAUGUUGUUUGGACAGCCAUGGUGGCGUGGACUGAACAACAACGGCGUGUCUCCUACUUCGGCCUCGAGUGACUCUUCCGCUCGAUCAUCUAGUGGGGAGCCAGUAAAUGGUUCUUCUAUGGCUGGCCCUUUUUCAUUGCACAUCAAUGGGAUGCAGGACACAGGAGCUAGUGUUUGUAGAGAGAUCCAUACUGCAUUGGCCCCUCAAUUGGUAGCAGAGAGGGAUAGCAUCCAAGAACAGCAGGCUCUUAAACAAGUGCCAUCCUCAAUGCCACAAAAUCUUGGCGAUCAGUCGAAUUCCCAAAUGGAACUUGUUGGCCAGUCAAUUGCUUUGACAUCAUACCCAUUCCAGGAUCCAACUUUUGGAGGAGUUAUGUCUUACGCCCAAGUACAACAGGUAAUUCCUCAGCUGUAUGGAAUGCACCAGAGUAGGAUGCCUCUGCCUCUUGCAAUGGAGGAAGAACCUGUUUAUGUUAACGCAAAGCAAUAUCACGGGAUUCUAAGGCGCAGAAAAUCACGUGCUAAGGCUGAGAUGGAAAAGAAAGUUAUUAAAGCUAGGAAGCCGUAUCUUCAUGAAUCUCGUCACGUACAUGCUUUGCGAAGGGCAAGAGGUGCUGGAGGCCGUUUUCUCAAUACAAAGAAGCUUGAUGACAAUGAUGCUGAUACGUCAUCUAAGACAGAUACAAACACAGCAACCAAUCUUCAAAUAUAUUCUGCUGGUUCAGCACGUGCUGAACACUUGUCCACAACCACAACCUAUAAUGGAAAUGCAGGUUCUUCUUGGAAUCAUCAAGAAGCGAGAGGAGGAUUUAUGAUUUCAGACAUGCAUAAAGCGGAUUCACAUUCCAAUGGAAGCACUAAUGUUCACGGUCUUUCAUCAACAUAUCUUUCAUUUUCUGGUUCGAAUGAAGAAAGAAGCAACUAUAGUCAGGGAGGAAUGAAGGUAAAUGGGGCUGUUUCUGUCAAAUAGGACACUUAAUGCGUGAAGGGACAGCUUCCACCUUAUUGUCUGGUUAUGCAAACAGUAUUGAGCCCAUUCAAACAAGGAGGACACCCUUCAAGGUAUAUAUAUAUAUGGAGUCUCAGGCAACUCAUUCUUGGCUUUGGUGUUAUGUGGUUUACCCGGGUCGGGAUGGAGGAGGAAAUACGAGGUAGUAGGACUAAGCUGUCAAUCUGCCUGCUCCUGUUAUUCCUUCGACAAUCAACUUAUGCAUUGUGUAUAAUGUACUCAACUUAUCUUGUAGACUUCUUAAGACUUGACAUUUCAAAUUGUGUGUGGAUGUUUAAAUUUUAAAGAAAACGAUGAACAAUAUAUUGGAUGUUUAAAUUGUGUA